CUGUCAAUAUUUAGUAGGCCUGAGCGGCCAUGUGACUGGGGGGGGGGCACAGAGGCGGCUGCUGAUUGGCUCCUCCCCUGUAGCAGUGAGGCAGGUGCCGUGUCGGACACAUGGGUACAGGAGCAGCCUGUGGGGGAUGCAGAGGCUGCUGGCGGCUCCGUGUGCUGGGGGGACCGGAGCCCCUCACAUCUCUCCGGGCCGUGCAGGACUGAGCAGCGGAGAGCCGAUCCCUUGAUGCUUGGCAGCCUCUAGAAACUGGCCCAUUCUAAAUCCUGGCCCACAGUUGCGAAUAUCCUUGUCUUUCUGGAACAGGCACAGUUUCAAAACAAAGAUUCCCUCUCUGACCGAGCGCACAGCAAUCUUUAAAUUCCAAUCUGAUGGAGGAUUAGCUGGGAGGCACCGUAAAAGCAGCAAUUUCUAAAGGCUCUCUGGAUAGCCGUGCUCAUUCUCUGGGAGGAGGCUGCAUGCGUUUAGGUUACUGCUGGGAAACUGAGUUUGCCUUGAAUCACUGAGAAUGGUUUUGUGAAGAAAGAAUUCAGUGGCUUCCCCAGCUCAUGACCCCCAGCUGGAACAGAAACCUUUUUGCACCAUGGGGAGUAACAGUAAUGUCCUUCCCACAACUCAACUCAAUGGAAGCAGGACAGUGUGUUCCCACAAAUGAAGUCCCCCUCUGAGCAGAUAACCAUACACUAAGAAUGGCUCCCAUUGUACAGGAGAUGGCGGGAAGCCCAAGUAAUGACCUGAGUGGGGAACAAGCAGCGUUCAUGGCAUGGGGUGGGCUGGCUGCUGUGUCAACCAUCAUCUUCCUCUCCAUACUCCUCUUUCUGUGUUCCAGCUGUUACAGAGAGAAGAAAAAGAAACAUCAGAAUGGGGACCAUGAGAAUCUAAUGACAGCGCCUUCUGAUAAGGAAACAUACAGCCACUCUGUUACAAGCCUGGGCACAGAGGCACCGGCCAGUUACCGAAAUGGUGCAGUCAGUAAUGGUGAUGUUUCAGAAGACAGCAGCGCUGCCUGCAUUCAGCCAUACGAGGAUGUACAGGGCUCCCUGCCUGACCUGUGCGACCUUCAGGACUGCACAUCAAAAUCAAUAAGGUGCCACCAAAGCCGAGAGCUGCCUAGAAUUCCACCUAACAGUAACCUAGAGACUAUAAGCCCAGCAGAAGAUGAUGAGAAUGAGUUACCUCUUGGGAAUGAAGGGCCCUAUGAGGUGCUAAAGGAUAGUUCCUCCCAUGAGAAUAUUAUUGAGGAUUCACUGUAUGAAACUGUAAAAGAAAUAAAGGAUGCUCAUGCACUGCCCCUCAAUGAAGAAACAGAGAGAUCCAUGGAUGCUGUAAGCCCUAAGAGACAAGAAUUUAGGAUAGAGGCUGGGGCAGAAUAUGCUUCUGUGGAUCACAACAGGAAAAGCCGACAGAGCAUCAACACACAAAGUGCUGGCAGCACCCCAACUUCCCAAGAAGAGGACGUUCCACCUCCACUUCCCAAGAAACUAUUGGAUGAAAAUGAAAAUGUGCAAAGCAAGGAACCGGAAGCAGAACCAGAAGCAGAACCAGAAGCCUUGAAGGAAAAUAUAGAGGGUGCAAGUCAAGAUGACAAAAGACAAAGUUUAGUAUCCUACAAAUCUCGAGAAGAGGAUCCGUGUCUUACAGAAACAGAUAUUUCAGCCAUGUAUUCCACUGUGUCUAAAACUAGUGGGCAGUCCUUCGAACUUCAAGAGGAAUUUUCCCACUAUGCUUACAUUCAGGAUAUUGCACAGGACACAUCCCCAACCACCUGCAAUGGUACUUAUGCCACUGUCAGAGACCUUGAUAAAAGCCCAGAUAGCAUAGCUGGGCCCCAUGCGAUGGACAAAGCAAAUGGAGGGCCUGAUCCGGAGUAUGAAGCCAUUGCUAACUUAAGCAGAGAAGAGGAAAGGACUAUGUUAUACACCAAUGCUGGCCAAACGCUUCUUGCACAUGGAGAGAGUGACUAUGAAAGUAUUGGGGAUUUGGUACAAAAUGGGGAUUUUACAAGACUUUAAAGGCCUGGGAAGUGACUUUCUCUCUUUUCAAGCUUGAAUAGCACAUGUCUGUGAUGGAGCCUUUUGUACUUUUCUCAUUGUGGAGUGAGGACACGGAAAAAGCACACAUCUGCUUAUUGCUGCCUUCCAGGCCCACGUAGGGGCCUUUUCAUAUCAGCCUUAAAGAACAUGUGCCAGGCAUUAACCAUAAUCUGAAGGAUUGCCAAAUGGGAACUGAUCUUGAAUUCAGGCAGCUUCUAGGUAGUUUUGUAUUUUUUUUUUUUAAAGAAAUCUUCCAUAAAUGACUUUUAUUCUGCAGCUGUACUGUGUAUACAAAUAAUGGGAUUUAACAGUGUUGAUAAUUAUAUUGAGAGAAAAGCUAAUGGUCACAGCAGGAUUAAAUCUACAUUGUUUAGAAUACCAUUGGAUAUGCCAGAAAGUGUGUUUUUAUUAUUCUGAAUAGCUUACAAUUAGGUUGUAUAGCAGCAACGGCAGUGCUUGCAUUGUAACAUGAAGUAUGCAGUAGGCUGAUGCUAGAAUAAAUGGGAUCAGACUGAUCAAGUUACGCCCCUGUACAGCUGCUCAGCUUUAUACUCCGUUCUCAUAAUCGAGGUAUUAAAGUCAAUUCUCCCAAUGUGGUGGGCCAUGUCUGGGAAUAAAUAAAAUAUGCACUCCUCUAGUAUUAUCCCAUUAUGCAAACCAUGUGUUGGGGCUUUUUAUUGUUAGACUGGCCACACGCGCACAGGUUCAUUCAUACAGUUGGACUGAUUUAAUGUAUGACUUCUGACUCUGUGCUCAUGUUGCUCCCUUUAAUAUCAUUAAUGGAUCAGACAAACUUCUGCCCAUGACCAGCCUGUCUGAAUCUUACCAGCAGUCAUGUGAUUUCUAUUGGUUACUCCUGCAGAACAGGAAAUAUUUUUCUUUGUUUCACUAUACAGUUACCAUCAUUGGACUUGGGGCUGGUAUGAGACAAUGGCAGGCUGGCAUACCAAAGCUAAAAGUGUCACCCACAACUCAAGUGGAAAUGCAUUCUAUACUGAGGGGUCAGAACCAGAACAGCGAGGCUGGGCUUAGCUGCCUGGUAUAUCCUAUUUAUGUAACCAACUUGGAACUCAAGGCUGCAAAAGAUUCCCUACAGCUCAUACAGCAGGCAAAGGCUGACGAAUUUCACUAAUGACUGACUUCUAAUUAUUUUCCCCCAAUAAACACCACUUUACUUCUGCUGCCUAAAGUGAUAGUAGGGGGUUACAUUUUACAAGCAAGGCGGCACUGAGACACACAGCAGGAUUAUACCAGUUUGCUGCUAGGCGGGGGGGGGGGGGGCACCAUAACCCAGAGAGACAGGAUCAGUGGGGAGAAAUAUGAGACGCAGGCAAUUGCUAAUAGAACCAGUUAAUGCAAAAAUAUUUUUAAUACACCUGUGGAAGGUUGUAUGAUUGCAGAAGAGCCAUGACAGAAUGAAGUGAAGGGGUUUGGGGACAUAUAUGCCCAAAUGAAAUUAGAAAAAGGUCUAGGUGAUACAUUGUUAAAACGGUCUGUUCAAUUUACAGGUUCUGCUGCCCUCUAGUGCCCAAUAAGUAGAAUACUAUAAAAGAUAUUAAUUGGUGUAGUUUUAUUUUUUAUACAGUCCACUUGCCUGAAAAGCAUAGUAGCAGCCCUAACUAGCACAGUAAUUACCACCAUAGGUUGGUUCCUAAGUGACCAGUCCUGCAAAGAUUGCUAAGCAGUAUUUGUGAGUGUAUUUUUAAGCAUUAGUUUUGAGGUGCUGGUACAGACUAGUACAGCGGUGUAAUAUGUUUGCCUCUAAUUACUGCCCUACCUACACACAUCUGUGGCUCACAAUACCUAGCAAACCAUACAGUUCCUGCCCCUGCUUUAGAUCAACAGCAGUGGUCCCAUGUCCCAAUGUGGGAAAUCAAACUGGCUGGCAAAUCAGUUGGUAAUCAGUGGGUAAUCAAACAAUGCUGGCUGACAUUCUAGUAACUAAAGGAUGUGUAUAUAGGGCCAAACUUGUACCUGCUCUAAUCUAGCAUACUUCACCUCUGCUGUAUAUAAAGCUGUGCUCUUCCAUUUUAUUGAUUCAGAUGUACAGGAAUUUUGUCAAAAAAUGUGAGGUUUAAGGUCCUCAAACAUUUGUGAAAUACAGACUUCUUUAAGUAGGCUGAGGUUGUAGCAGGAUACAGAAAGCUGUCGAUGUGACUAUUAAUUACUCUUCAUACUGCCACCCUUU